CUUCUUUUUAAACUGUUCUCAAUUUUCUCUCCGCCUUCCGCUGAUUCGCAGCGAAAAAAAGUGCAGCUCCAUGUAGUGGUAUUUCGGGCAGAGGAAAAGCUGGUAAAUCGAAAAACAAACUGCAGCGAAGUUUUGUUAGCGCGCAAUAAAAGAUAUACAAUUCGCGGAAGUCGCCGUUAAAUAGCUAAAUUGCAUUUGAUUGAUUUUCGCGUUGGUUUAUUUGUUUGCUGUGCGAAUUGCAAGCCCAACUGCAUAAGUAAAUAAAGAAUACCAAACUAAUAGAAAAAAAAACGCUGAUAAGCACGAUUCGUGGGAAAACAACAACAAAGGCGUAUUGCAUUUUGCGGCUUAAGUCAUAACCAAAAACCACAAAACAAUUUAAUGAAAUAAGACUGAACAACCACGACGCCCCACACAAUAACUUGUAAACUAUAGGAAUUCAAACAAGCCACCACCGCUCAAAACUUAACUCUAAACCACAAAUAAACAAAAAACGAAGCACAAGAAAUAUACUAAGAAUAAUUGACAAGGAGAUAGACCAAGCCCAAAGCCAAUAAAAACGCUAACAAAGAUGUCAUCGCGUUCCAAGGAGAGAGUUGUCACGGCAUUCCGCAAAAUCUUCCACAAGUCCAGCAACAACAACAAUAAUAAUAAUAAUAAUAAUAACAACCAUAAUAAUAAUAAUAACAAUAUUAACAAUGACAAAAUUGAUGGUGCUACUGGCAGCAAUCCGAAUAUAACCAAUAAUAACCAUGAGGCUGCAGCGGCAGCUCCUUCAGCCGGCGGCGCAGGAGCAAUGGGUGGCGGUGCUAUGGGCGGAGGAGGAUCAGGAUCUGGAUCCGGAGCUGCUGCCUCCAAAAAUGCUGUGGUGCGAAUGGCAGCCGAACAGGCCGUUUGGGACUCACCAGGCAAGCGGCGACGACAAGAUCACAAGGUGGCGCCGACAACGGGACGCCAUCUGGUAGCCGCGCCGGAUCAAACGAUCCGUUCGCGGCGCCUCAUGAAGGAGUACCGUGAAAUGGAGCGGCUCCAAUCCAAGAACGAUGCCGUCUUCACAGUGGAACUCGUCAAUGACAACCUGUUUGAGUGGCAUGUCCGCCUUCAUGUGAUAGAUCCCGACUCACCACUUGCCCGGGAUAUGGUUGAGAUGGGCGUUCCGGCCAUCCUGCUGCAUUUGAGCUUUCCCGACAACUUUCCGUUCGCCCCGCCGUUCAUGCGUGUCGUGGAGCCGCGCAUCGAGAAGGGCUAUGUGAUGGAGGGCGCUAUUUGCAUGGAGCUACUAACGCCCCGCGGAUGGGCCAGUGCAUAUACGGUGGAAGCGGUCAUCAUGCAGUUCGCUGCCAGCGUUGUCAAGGGUCAGGGGCGUAUAACGCGCAAGCCAAAGAAUGCAAAGGAGUUUACUCGUCGCCAGGCCGAAGAGUCGUUCCGUUCGCUGGUAAAGACACACGAAAAGUACGGAUGGGUGACACCAGCUUUGGCCGAUGGCUAAGUAGAAAGUCUUACCAAGAUUCCAGAUACCAGAACCGCGAUGUAACUACGCUCAGAUGCUCUGCGUUUGCCAAGUCAACACAAGAACAACCAAUGCAAUUUAAUAUUCAGUCGUCGCUCAUAGAAAUGCUUCACCCAUCAUUACAUAUUUACAAUCAUCAUCGGUUGCGAUAGAUCCUCUCUCCCCCAACCCGUGGGACAUAGUUCUUAGAAAAGUAACGAACGAUUUCAAUUGCUAAACCAUCCAAAAAGGAAGCCCAAAGAGGAGGAUCGCCUUCUAAUGAAGCAAAAACACAAAAACGCAUCAAGCAACAAAUUAGCUUAAUAUGUACUUUUAGCUCGUAGACAACAAAGCAAAAUGAAAAACUUUCGUCGAAUACAAAAAA